AUGACAAGGUGGACGCCACAACAGAAAAGAGCUAGUGGUAAGCCUAAGAAAAGAUGGCUGGACUGCGUGGAAGAAGAUUUUAGGAUGAGGAAAUAUACCAGCUGGAGAAAGAUUGCCAAGGAUCGCGACAACUGGAGAAAGACAGUGGAGGAGGCCAAGACCCACAAAGGGUUGAAGCGCCAUCGGAAAUGGAGUUACGAUUUAAGUCCGGGAUGUCGUUUCUCACCUACUGGAUCUUUGUUUUACAACAAAAUGGACCGCAAACCUCAUUUUGUCUACUACAGUGAAUCCUGGUUAAUUGGUUACCUCGAUAAAUGGAAAACCUCAAUAAUUGCAACCAAAGCUCUGAUGCUGGGGAGCCCAUACCGCGGUGCGCAAGGCCACGGCAGACUAAUGGACCCGCCUGCGCGCAACUCAAUGUGGCGGUUCGGUUUCCCCAACCCUGUCAACUACAACGACAAUGAACUAUUCUGCGGGGGCUACGCCGUCCAGUGGGAGCAAAACUCCGGUCAAUGCGGGGUGUGCGGCGACGCACAUCAUCUCUCCGAACCCAGGCCUCAUGAGGCCGGAGGCAUGUUUGGAAAAGGGAUCAUCACGAAACAUUACAGUGUGGGACAGGAAAUUGAAGUGGAGAUCGAACUAACGGCCAAUCACCUGGGCACAUUCGUGAUGAAACUCUGUCCAAACAACAACCCGAAUCAGGAAGCUACGCAGGAAUGUUUUGACAGGUACCCCCUCGUAGUAUCCGGUACCCGGGAGGACCGCUUUCUGAUUCCCCUGGACACGGCCAAGAAGGAGGUCUUCCGGUACCGCGUCGGCCUGCCCGCUUACGUCACAUGCACACAGUGUGUAAUGCAGUGGACUUAUUAUACUGGCAAUAUGUGGGGCAUCUGCCCCAACGGCACGGAGGCCGUGGGCUGCGGGCGCUCCGAGACUUUCCGGAACUGCGCCGACAUCAGCAUCAUAACGAGUACCGGAGGCCUGCCACCGGCCUUCGCUGGCGACCUCCGGAGGGACAACCCCUUCCUGCUGUAUUAUAGGGACGCGUACCGGCCACAGAACCUGUACCCGUUGGUUGUCAGCAACGAUAUUUCGGAUAGCGACGAAGAUUUCGUCCCGCAAGUUAUUAGGGGCCAAGUCUGCGUGCCCUCGCCUGCGUACCGAGUGCUGCCCGGUAUGCACAAUUGGUGUCAGACCAACUGUCUUCGGUAUCCCCCUAAUUGUCCCGAAGCGCUAUGUUCAUGCCCACAAACCUGCGAAGCCAUCGGGGAGCUGGAAGGGAGAGAGGGCGCUGACGUCUACUGCCUGGACCAAUGCAUCGUCUACCCGUCGCGCUGCCCCGCCGACAGAUGUAGCUGUUAUUAACCUGACAACCGUUUAAGGCCAUGACAGACAUAUUAUUUUGGCGCCCUCUUUAGCAUAUGUGAUAUAGUUUUAUUUUACUUACUUUUGACUUUAUCACCUAAACGUGAAAAUGUGGCCACUAUUUGCCGUUCAGUUGAUAAAGCAAAAAAAUAAGCAAAAUAA